AUGGCGUUGUCAAUAAUGUUCUGGGUAAACUAUACGCGGGAUAAGUUGAAACUGAUGAGGAAGUCGGAAACUGCUGUUAACAGUGAUCACGUAUUGAAGUUUCUGUUCGAUAGAGAAUGUCUGCACGUAAGUGCGGUUGUUCAGGCCUCGAUGCGUGACAGAUCUUACAAAGUGGAGGUUCACCUUAAUGAUGCCUUUGGCGUAACAUACUCAUCUUUGCGUUGUCCUUUGGGCCAGUAUUCCUGCCACCAUGUGGCUGCUGCACUUCUCUUUGGUUAUAGGAGAGCCACCAAAACAGAUGUGAAGUGCAGCUGGCUUAAUGCACCAAAGAGUAAAAUAAGACCAGAGAUAGCCACCAUGGAGGAGCUUUUUCCCCUCGCAAAACCUAAUUACAAGUGA